AGAAAUUGCCUCGAAUGGUGUACAAAUUUUAAUGCAGAUUAUAAUCCGACUCAGUCCCUCCACAACCCAAAUGAGUCUCACUUUUCUGAGAAGUCCUUUACUUCUUCCAAUAGCUUUUGGGCGAUUCAAAUGUAACAAAAUGCCCAAUACAAAAUUCUCUUCCAAAAUCCUCCAAUCUAAAUCACUGAUUCUUUCUUCUGACCCAAUCCCAGGUCCUGAGGAAGACUCAAAGCCAGAAACUCGUGUUUUUGUCACGAAAAAAAGAACCCAAAAGGCUCUGGAAGUUGCAGAAAGUGAGCUUAAAGUAGAACCUAAGAAAGAGAAACUGUCUUCUUUACCUGACAUUGAAGAUUUUGCGUAUAAAAAGGCAAAUGGAUCUAUGCCUUUAAGAAAGUCAAACCGCACCACAGAUGUGCUUCCUGUGGACACCGAGAUUGCUUCUACUGUUAUAUCAACGGGUACACAGAAGUAUGAAGCCCCUGCCGACUGGAAAAUAGUGCUUGAAGGGAUCCGCAAAAUGAGGUCCUCAGAAGAUGCACCAGUAGACACAAUGGGAUGUGAGAAAGCUGGAAGUUUUCUUCCUCCUAAGGAAAGAAGAUUUGCUGUAUUGGCUUCAUCACUUCUAUCAAGCCAAACCAAGGAUCAUGUAACAAAUGGAGCAAUUCAGCGUCUUCAUGAGAAUGGUCUGCUAACUGCUGAUGCCAUUGACAAAGCUGAUGAAAUAAAGAUUAAGGAUUUGAUUUACCCUGUUGGCUUUUAUACAAGAAAAGCUAGUAAUUUGAAGAAAAUAGCAAACAUUUGUCUCACAAAGUAUGAUGGAGACAUACCUAGAACUUUGGAGGACUUGCUGGCUCUCCCAGGGAUAGGUCCUAAGAUGGCUCAUCUGGUUAUGAAUAUUGCAUGGGACGAUGUUCAAGGGAUAUGUGUUGAUACCCAUGUGCACCGCAUUUGCAAUCGGCUUGGAUGGGUGUUUCGGCCAGGCACAAAGCAGAAAACUUCUACUCCUGAGGAAACAAGACAGGCUUUGCAACUAUGGCUUCCUAAGGAAGAAUGGGUUCCAAUAAACCCUCUUUUGGUUGGAUUUGGACAAACAAUUUGUACACCUCUCAGACCUCGCUGUGGAACAUGCAGCAUAGCUGAGUUAUGCCCAUCUGCGUUUAAGGAAACCUCAAGUCCGAAAUCCAAGGUGAAGAAGUCUAGUAUGAGCAAGAAUCUGUAAAUCAAGACCAGUUCCUUAAAGGGAUUUGGCAACUCAUUUACCACCCAGUGUAUGCAUUGUAAUGGCAAGUGGAGCUUGAGAAAAUGGCCUUGCUAGUAGCAAUUUGACUUGCUCAUUUUGGUAAAAAUCAUAUUGGGCAACCGUGUAAAUGUCAAAUUAAUAUGCUAAUAUAUUUUCAGCCAUAUAUACAAGCGAAAAAUGCAAUUUUCCCUUUCUCCAAAAA